CGACAAACAGGUGUCCCGAUUAUAGAGCUUCAACACUUUCACAGCAAGCUCCUCACCAACUCAAUUGGAUUCGCUCACGACGACAUAAUGCAAAUUUCGAAAUUGGCACUGCUGUUAGCAGCUGGUGUGUCUCAGGCAGUCGCUACUUGGUCGAUUCAUGAUGCCAGCAUAACCGUCUCUGCGAAGAAGGGCGCCGAUAGCCUGAAAGAGAAACUCGACUUACCUUUGGAAAAUCCCGUACAGCUCGGAGCCAGCGAUUCUCUCAAGGUCGUCCUCACAGCUAAAGAUGACGGAAAGCCCAAGCGCCCGCAUCAGGCAUUCUUGGUCCUGUAUAGCAGCACAAAAGAGCUCUCGGCUCCCUUCCCGAUGACCCUCAAGGAGAACGGAAGGGCGAUGGUUCAAAUUGCCUACAAGGACAUACCUCUGCAACUCCUCGUUCUGAAAGAGCCUAUCAACGCCAACAUAAUUCUCGGAUCUUUUGGCAAGUCAUCUGGUGUCAAUCUUCCGAAAUUCACCAUCAACUUUGUGCAGGACCCGAACUUGCCGCCUCCCGAGGUUGAGGCCCCUGUCCGGUACCAGAAGCAGCCUGAGAUUCACCACAUCUUCCGCCCGGACCCCAAGUCCCCUCCCAAAGUCGUGUCUCUCUUCUUCGCCGCCGCCGUGGCUGCCACGGUACCGGUCUUGUUCAUUGGCUGGACGAUGCUCGGUGCGAACCUCAACCACUUGCAGAAGGCUCUCGGCGCAGCGCCUUUGUCGCAUGCCACCUUUUUCGGAUCGAUUCUGGCGAUGGAGGGUGUCUUCUUCCUAUACUACAGUGGAUGGAAGUUGUUCAAGGUCUUACCCCUCAUUGGUGUCGUUGGCGUCACGACAUUCAUCAGUGGCACCAAGGCUUUGGGCGAGGUGCAGAGCAGGCGCUUGGCUGGUGAGAGGUAGAGUCUCAACUAGCAGGGAGCGGAUGGAUAACGCAGAGAACCGCGGAUGGAAUGAAUUCCUUCGAACUGAUGUGAAGAUAAGAAUCAACGUUAUACCUUGAAACAAAGGGGCAUGUCGCGUACGAUGGAAUCUUUAGAACUACGUAUCUAGACCAAGCCGGGGCAUUGGGGAAUAUUGACGGGCCCUGGCGGGACGUCAGGCGAAGGCGGAACACUCAAAACUGCAUUUAUUUUUUUUCUUUAGCGAUCUUGCAAUGCGAUUCAUAUAAUCUUACGAA